UUGCACAGAUUUGUUUUCGUUUUCGAUUUUCGUACGCACGCAACCAAAAAAAAGCUCACACAAAGCUGCAUGGCAUAAGCUUUCCGAAACCGUUAGCCUCUUGUCGAAAGCUUGGCGUUCAGUCGCUCUCGACACACGCUGCAUUAAGGGAGGAAAAUCGUCUCGGCCGCAUAAAAAAAUCUUUAAAUCCAACAACAACAGCAACAAGAAAGUGUGCGAAAAUUAACAAGUAGCUCAAGUAGCGAUACUUAAACGACAAGCCGUUCGCGAUUUGUUCAACGAAAGGUCCGCAGCAGCAGCGUAUAUACCUCAUAUACAUCAUCAUGGUUGACGUUCCAAUCAUCUGGAUUCUGGGUGGUCCCGGCUGUGGCAAGGGCACUCAAUGCGCCAAGAUUGUGGAGAAAUAUGGUUUCACGCAUUUGAGCAGCGGCGAUUUGCUGCGCGAAGAAGUUGCCUCUGGCUCGGACAAGGGUCGUGAAUUGCAGGCAGUGAUGUCCAGCGGUGGCUUGGUGUCCAACCAGGAAGUGUUGUCCCUGCUGAAUGGAGCUGUGUCGCGUGCCAAGGGCAACUCGAAGGGUUUCCUCAUCGAUGGCUAUCCACGCGAGAAGAACCAGGGCAUUGCCUUUGAGGAGCAAAUCGCUCCCGCCGAUCUGGCCCUGUACUUUGAGUGCUCCGAGGACACGAUGGUCCAGCGUAUUCUGGCACGUGCUGCUGCCGCUGCGGUGAAGCGCGCCGAUGACAAUGAGGCCACAAUUCGUUCCCGCUUGCAGACCUUCAAGCAAAACACCAGCGCAAUUCUUGAGCAAUAUGUCGACAAGACUCUGACGAUCAAUGCGGAACGUGACGUUGACGUCAUCUUCACUGAAGUUGUCGAUGCCAUCGAAUGCGUUCUUAAGAAGCGUCAAAAGGCAGUCGCCUCUUGUUAGUUAAUUGCCAAAGUGCCAAUAGAAGAAACAACCAAAUAAUGUCCUCGUCCCCCCAAUAUUAAUGCAAUCCAAUCCAAAUCGAACACCAAACAAAUUCAAAAAUGUCAUUUUAAGCGCACUUUUUGGUAUCUCAAAACGCACAAAACUCGCACAGAUGAAAGCUUAACACCAAAUAAAUAAGCAUAUUAAUUAAUAUUACUAAAUACUUAUUCGAAUGUUAUCUAAAUGAAUACAAAAAGGCAUGAUUAUACAAUGUCUAGAGCUCUAGCUUUAUACCUGCAUGUGCUUUAACUUAUUAUAUAUAGUAUGAAACAAUCUCUCAAAUUCUAAGUUAUUUACAUAUGCGACAAUA